GAGGAGGAAGAGGAAGAGGAAGAGGAAGAGGAGGAGGAAGAAGAAGAAGAAGAAGAAGAAGAAGAAGAAGAAGAAGAAGAAGAAGAGAAGAAGAAGAGCACAUCAUGCAGUCCUGGUCCCCUCAAUCAGAAAAUAGAGCUAGAAAAUAGAAGUCCACCAGCUCUGAAGAUCAGUCAGCACAGCUGUGAACGUCUGCGGUGCUUUCACAUGUUAAGCUUUGAGCCUCGCUCUUGCAUCAUUUAUUUUAAAACGUUUAUGCUGAACACAGAAAUCAAAGCGGAGCGGAACCAUGUGUAA